AUGACGACCAGGGGCGCCAACCCUCCCGAAGUGACGCCUCUGUUGCGCCAAAACAACAGUGAGAUCGUCGCACAGGUUGGCAGCACUGCGAACUUCAGGUGUUACACGCAGACUAUCGGAGACGAGAUCGUCUCUUGGCUGAAGAAGGACGAGGAUCACCUGUUAACAGCUGGAGGCCAAGUUUAUUCCUCCGAGGGCAAGUAUUCGGUGUCCCAUGCAAGACAUCUCAAGUUAUGGGAGCUGUCAGUGAGAGAUGUGCGGUUCUCCGACGCAGGUUUGUAUGAGUGUCAGCUGACUACGCACCCGCCUACGUCCACUUUCUUCACGCUCAAGGUGGUUGAGGCGCGCGCCGUGAUCCAGGGCGAGCCCGACCUGCACGUGCACACGGGCGUGCGUCUGCGACUGCACUGCACGGUGGAACACGCCACGGAGCCGCCCGUGUACAUCUUCUGGUUCCACAACGGCAGCAUGAUCAACUACACCCCCCGGCGCCGCUUCAAGGUCAUGGAGCACAACUUCGGAAGUUCGCUCGUCAUCACCAACGUCACCUGGGAGGACGCCGGGGACUACCGCUGCGAGCCGUACCUGGCCAUCCCCACCAACGUCACACUGCACGUCGUCGCAGGAGAGAAACACGCCGCCUUGCACAACGGCCAGAACGAUGACGUCAUCGGCGAGGAAGGCGUGGCCGGCCGAGGCUCCGCCCACUUCUCCGGCGACCUGCUCCUGUGCGCCUCCUUCGCCGCCCUCGUCUGCUGGAAAUUACCCUCAUCCGUGGCCAGAGCGAACAGAAAACGAGAUCUUGGUCUUCGCGUUUUAGGGGAAACUCUCCAAAUCACGAUAUCUUCCUUCGAUCACAUCCUCUCGGAGAUGACUUUCCAUUAUCUAACGGCCGCCGAUAUGUCCGUCGACGGCGUUCUCCGGCCGGCCAGCAAGCGCGGCGAAUCCGUCCGCCAAGCACUGCCGAGAGAAAUUCAACGUGCCGACGCAGGGCUAGUCUUGGGCCCCGACCCCUGA